AUGAGAUUUUUAUUAAUUGUGACAUUGGUAGUGUUGUCAUUUGCAGCAUUCACCUAUGCUAACGAGGAAUCAGUACCAGCUGCAAGACAACAAUGGAAAUGGGUCCAGGAAGCCGAAUCCAUUAUCCAAGGUAGCGAACCUCAUACCAUUAAGGAACAAAGAUUACAACAAUUGAUCCAAAAAGCUGGUCUCACUUGGCCAUUCUUUUUCGAACCAUACCCAAGUCGUCCAUACCCAACUGACCAAGGUGGUUUGCUUUCUGGAUUCUUAGGUGGAAACAGUGGAUACAAUAAUUUCUUGGGUGGUCUCUUUGGUAACAACUAUCCACCACUCUUUACCUACUACCCACAAAACUACUAUGGAUACUUAUAUCCACCAGGAGCUCAACCAUUCUUCCCAAAUGGUGCUCCAAAACAACAAUAA